AUGGCACAUGCUCCAUCAUUGAGUGUACCUGCAAUACUCACCAUGUCAUCCGUAGCGGUACUCUAUGGAUUAAUCAAAUCACCAUUGAAGUAUAAAUGGGCUAGUGAAUCUAGAAUUAGUCCCAAAGCUGAUUUGGCAUUUAGGAAUAGUGCUGAGAAAUGGUUAGAAGAUCACAAAGGUGAACGUUACUAG